UUUUUUUAAACUGCUCACCAACAUUAAUAAAAGCAUUGACCCAAAAGGAAAGAAACCCCUUUUAAUAAAACGAAAACUGCCGGAAGAAAACAAAAGACCGAAGGAAAAGCAGAGUGCAAAAAGGUACAGAAAUUCGCUUUGGUCCAUGCUUCGUCAUCCAUUUGCAGAGCAGAAUCAUUGGAGCUGCUGCUGCUGCUGCUGCUCGCUUUACUGGACUGGUUAGUGGCUAUCCCAUCUCAUCUCCCCUGUCAUUUUGGAUUGUAUAUCAUUUGUUAAUGGCAAUUGGACUCGUGUGUAGAUAUGCAAACGGAAGGGGGAAUUCCAUUAUACCCUUUUGUUUAAUCUAAUUCUCCUUGCGCCAUGGCGUUGGUAAUGGUAGGUGUUUUGGGGAAAACGAAAGCUGCAGCCACAGGCUUCUUCCCGACCGCUGUUUCAUUGCCUUUUUUGCAGAUGAUUCUUUCUUCUUCUUGUUCCCUACCAAAGCAACAAACAGCCAACCCAACUCUUGAUUGAUUUUGUCCGGCUUCAUCUCUCCUUCUAUAAAGUUUUCCUUUCUUGCCUUUGCCUACUAUUCAUCAAUCAACCAUUCCCCUGUUUGCGAUUCUCGGCAUGAAGUUGGUGUGGGUCAGUCUGUGUUUAUGGCUUGCCCACGGCGGCGGAAUUGCGCUGGUUACGGCGGCUACCGCAUGCGGGCCUGAGAGGGAGCUGAAUCAGACUCCGACUUGGGCCGUCGCCGGUGUCUGUGCUGUUAUCGUCAUAAUCUCUAUCCUCCUUGAGAAGCUUCUUCACAAACUUGGCUCGUGGUUUACAGAAAGGCACAAGAGAGCUCUAUUCGAGGCCUUGGAGAAGGUUAAGGCUGAGCUUAUGGUUCUGGGUUUCAUUUCAUUGCUGCUGACUUUUGGUCAGAACUACUUCUUGAAGAUUUGUGUUUCCGAAGACGUGGCAAAUUCGAUGCUGCCAUGUCCUUAUGAAGGUGAGCACAAAACUGAUACGGAGGAGGAACAUCGUCGGAGACUGUUGUGGUUUGAACACAGAAUGUUAGCUGGUGCAGACUCUGCAACAAAGUGCAAGGAGGGGCAUGUACCACUUAUAUCAGCCAAUGGACUGCAUCAACUGCACAUCCUCAUUUUCUUCUUAGCCGUCUUUCAUGUGAUCUAUAGUUUUGUAACCAUGAUGCUCGGGAGACUGAAGAUUCGUGGCUGGAAGGAGUGGGAGCAAGAAACUUCCUCCCAUGAUUAUGAGUUCUCUAAUGAUCCUUCAAGGUUCCGGCUUACCCAUGAGACAUCAUUCGUGAGAGCACAUACCAGUUUCUGGACAAAGAUUCCAGUCUUCUUUUAUUUUGGAUGCUUCUGUAGGCAGUUCUUCAGAUCUGUUAGUAAGUCUGACUACAUGACAUUGCGCAAUGGGUUCAUCUCCGUGCACCUAGCUCCGGGAAGUAAGUUCAAUUUCCAGAAGUACAUCAAGAGGUCGUUGGAGGAUGAUUUCAAACUAGUGGUCGGAGUGAGUCCUGUAUUGUGGGCGUCUUUUGUGGUUUUCCUGCUUGUGAAUGUUAACGGUUGGCGAGCACUCUUUUGGGCAUCCAUAAUUCCCGUCAUUAUAAUCUUAGCAGUUGGAACGGAGCUUCAGUCCAUUUUGACGAAGAUGGCAAUCGACAUCUCAGACAGGCAUGCAGUAGUGCAAGGAAUACCUCUUGUGCAAGGGUCAGAUAAAUACUUUUGGUUUGGUCGCCCCCAGUUAGUUCUUCAUCUAAUCCACUUUGCUUUAUUUCAGAAUGCUUUCCAGAUAACAUAUUUCCUGUGGAUAUGGUAUGCAUUUGGCAUGAAAUCGUGCUUCCAUGCUAAUUUCACGCUUGCCAUCGUCAAAGUCAGCAUCGGUGUUGGUGUCCUACUCCUUUGCAGUUACAUCACGCUGCCCCUUCAUGCACUCGUGACUCAGAUGGGUUCCAACAUGAAGAAAGCAGUGUUCGAUGAGCAUACAUCCAAGGCUUUGAAGAAGUGGCACAUGGCCGUGAAGAAGAAGAAGGCAGCAGGAAGAGGCUCGAAGUCGUCUUUAUCAGUCAGAACUCUGGGCGGUGGAGAUACAAGCCCGAUGUCUGUGACAGCAGAUGGCUCCUCCACUGCCAGAACUUUGCUCUCCACCGGCUCAUCUGGCCACACAUUGCACCGUUUCAAGACCACUGGCCACUCUACACGGGCUUACUACGCUUACCGCGAUGAUGAUGAGCUGUCGGACAUGGAAACCGAGGCGUUGUCCCCUGCUCCUUCAUCAUCCAUCGUUCAGAUGAGUUUGAUUGAAGGAACCAAGAGGGAUCAUGAAGGUGGGGAAGAAGCUGAGGAGUUGGAUGAUCGGAUUCCUAUUUCUGGAGCUGGAAAUUUGAUGGAUGAAUCCCUCCCCCACCAUCAUCGUGCCGGGGAGGAAAGUAGUAAUGGGAAUGAGGAGGAUUUCAGCUUUGUGAAGCCGGCUGUUUCCUUUAAACAACCAUAAAUGAUGCUAUAUCUUCAGCUAGCAGCGUGUGAGAUGUAAAUUCUGUUCAUUCCUAUAUCUUUGGCGAUACAUGUGUGUCAACUCGCCAAAUCAAAUUCCUAUUGAGAAUUAGUUGAGGAAUAAUGUGCUCAAAUCGAGUCAAUUCACUCAAUUUCAUUGUCGAUCAAAAAGACUACGAAGAACCACCAACAGACUGGAGUGCCAUGAGAAAAAUGAAGCACAUGCUACGCUAGUGGCAUGCGUGCACUUCCGUUUAUAAGUAUUAUCAAACCCGUAAAAACCGUCAUAUAAUGAUUCAGUAGCUUGUUCAUCAACUCAGAGAUGCGAUACCAGGGAGAAAAUCUGAAAAUUGAAGCACAUAACUUUACAAAUCUCUUUUCACCUACAGCUUGAAAUUAAUGAAAUUAUUCAAAUCCAUCAGGCUCCUCAUCAUCACUGCCGCCUCCAAACAUGGAAGCCAUUUUCAUUGCCAGAUUUGCAGCCAUUUCCCUUCUCUGUACAUCAGGCAUCAAUCUUAACCCAUCCCUUAUGUUACCGAUUUCAAACAUCAGCUUUUCCAAGUCCUCAAAGUCGAAUGGUUCAACCUCACCAUUUGCUUCCGAUACUUCAGCAUUUCGCACUGCUCCUUUGUCGUCCUCUGAUGAUUCCUCUCUUUGAGCAGACGACGACAGCAGAUUUCCUUCAUAACCCUGUUCUCCGUCCUCAGGGUGAGUCCCCAUGACACCUCCAGCAUUUGAUGCAGUACUAGAACUUUCUUUGUUCCCAUUGCUAAGUCCGGCAACAACAUGUUUUUCGUGUGCAUUAGAUUCCCCUUCACUAGGAGUGGAAGUCGUAGUGCUGGCAGAAACCCAUCUGGUAUCAUCCCACGGUUCUGCAGAACCUGCGGAUAGCACCUCGUAUUCUAAUUCGUAAUCCGACUCCUCCGAUAAGUCUGCAUCUUGCACACAAACCAGUUAGCACAAAAAGCAUCGAUAGCAGCACAGUAAAUAAAUGGCAAAGGAGCAAGUAAAAGAACCUUCUUCCUCAGGUAUUGGUUGUUCAGCCAUUUUAUUUCCAGAUUUCAAAACCAUUCCAGGCCACAUAUGAGCAGAAAGUGCACCAAAGAUUCGUUCCAUCCCUUGACUAUCGCCAUCAACAGACAGACCUUUGUCGAAUUCGGGAUUGGAAGCGCAAGCUUCAAUGUACUCAAUAUUCCGAUCAGUGCACCACUCAAUACAUGACCUUCUGAUCUGAAACGACUGAUCUUCUUCUUCUACUACCUCUUCUUCUUCUUCUUCUACAUUGUUGCCUAACAAAUUGGCACCUUCUGUUUCAGAGAUUCCAAACUCAUCAGAUGCACACUGCUCAAGCUCGAGCUUUUGCUGCCGCCGCAGCAACCGCCUUCUGUAUUCUUGGUGGACUGGAUGGCCCGGAACAAGAUCCACUUUGUUCCCUACGCAUAACAGUAUCUCGUACUCGUGGAUAUCGGUGCGAGAUACCCAUUCCUGAACUGCAGCAAGCGACGAGAGCUGCACUAGCGUCGAAAACCAUGAUGACGGCGGCCAAUCGGCGGCGAGACGGGAGGUUCUCGAUUCGGAAUCCGUCGGUGAGAUGAGUAACCCAUACGGAUACAUCGGCGGAGUAGUACUUAGUGUUGAUUGUCCACCUGCGGAUGAGUAAUUGUGAAUCGGAAUCGGGAUCGGGAUCAUCUUCGAGAUCCAGCGAAAGCAAACGGGAGAGGAGGGUGCGUUUGCCGACGGCGGAAGGACCGAUGAUCAGGAUUCCAGGCCUGUCCUCCAGCGAUGGCGAAGACAUACUCGGUUCUGGUACUACUUCUUCGCCUGCCAUUAGCUUUCUUUUACCUUCUCCUUUCAGCUGCUUCUUCGUCAAACAGUGAGCUCGAGCAAAAUAACCAGUCCACUUUUCCGGCAAGACAAAUCAAGGAAGAAGAUGGGGAAAAAAGGGAAAAAAGGAAAAGGAAAGAACAAAGCACAGCACAGCACAGCACAGGCACAGGCGGCACAGCGGAGAAGAUCGGCAGAUCUGGCCCAACUCUGCCGGCUGUGUCUGCCAAGCGAGUUCUGGGC